ACACGCUCCACAUCCGUUGCUAUGGAGACGGGAUACAAACACACACCGGCGACUGCUGCAGCCUGAACAGCUCCGACAUCUGUCAAGAUAUUUUCUCACUCCCCACAGUCGGAUAUCAAAGAAAGCAGCAGAGUGAGGAAGAGGAGGAAGAGGAGGAGGGAUCAUCAUGAAGAGAGCCAAGAAAGGUGGAGGUAAAGGUGGAGGGAAGACGGAGGAGGAGCGGCUGUUGUUGCUGCAGCAGAGAGCUCAGGCUGAGGAGGAGAUGACGAGGAAGAAGGAGGAGAUCCUCACACUGUUCCUGAAGGACAAGCUGCAGAAGGAGGAGAGGAACACGGCCGUGAACCUGCUGAAGAUCUGUGAAAGCUGGAGGUCGAUCCUCCGUCAGAGCCGAGCCGCCGAGGGGCACAGAGACUCUGUGGUGCACAGCCAGACGCAUGAGAGGCGGCUGGACCUGGUGGUCAGCGUUGUCGAGAAUCUGGAGCACGACCUUCAGCAGGCGGAGCGUCAGUUGGCUCAGGCGCGGCGUGUUCACCAGCAGCACCAGGAGCGUCUGGUGGCUCAGCACCACAAACAGCAGGAGUGUUUUGUGCAGCAGCAGUGGGACGACUGCCUGCAGCACCUGAGCUCCAUGUUCAGCUCGGAGAGGGAGCAGAAAUUGUCUCUCUCUCAGCAGCUGGGAGAUAAACAGGAGCAUGUGAAAACCACUGUGAGGCAGCAGCACCAAACUGAGAUGAAUGAAAUCCUCAAACUGUUGGCUGAAAACACCCCAGCUGACAAGAGGACAGCUCUUGAAGAGGAGGAAGCUGAUAUGAUCCAGGAGAACACAGACAGGCCGGAGGAGGAGACCCCUCAGAACCAGGAAGCUGUGCAGCUCUGCAGCGUAGAAACAGAGAAGCUCGGAAGAAGUCAACAGAAGAAGAAGCUGAAGGAAGACGUCGUCCGUCCGAGGGCGAGGCUGAACUCCAGUAUGAGAGAAAACGAGUUGGUGGAACAAGAUCUGACAGCCGACAUCCAGCAGGUAAACAGGUGGACUCAUGAGCUCCGGGAUCAGCUGACUGAGGCUCGGGCAGCGGCCAGGAAACAGCUGACUGAGCUGACCAUCCAGAGCAACGAGGCUGCCAAGAAACUGCAGGCGGUCCUCGCCAAGGGUGGGAAGGUUUCACGAGUCAUCGCGAUGUGUCACAAGCUGGAGAAGAACGUCUUAGUAUCAUUACCACCUCCAGAGGAAGUGAGACAGGAGAGAAGUGGACUUGCGAUAGACAAACCUGUGCAGGAGAUAUCAGAGCUGCAGCAGGUGAUGAGGAGCAUCAACACGUCAGUGCUGCAGCGAGAAGCUCAGAGGAAACAGAAACGCGACCUGAUCCAAGAGAACCAGCAGCUGAGGAUUCUGCUGCGUCAGCACCUGGACGCCAUGACGGUCAGCGACAGCGACAUCGACACACCCCACGCUCUGCUCAACGUGUACAGGGCCCCAGCCACAACGGCUCCCCAGGUCACCGACAGACGCCACAACGUCAUCGAGGCUGUUUACGUCGUACAGCACUCACUGUGACAGUGUUACUGCAGAGCUGAGACGAGACUGGAUCAGAAGCAGCUGCUGUGAUUCAACAAAAUAUAAACUGUGUCUGAAAACACUAUAUGACCAGAAACAAAUAAUUUUGUUUCAAUAAUUGUGUUUUCUUUUGUCUGAAACAAGUCAUUGGGUCUCAUUAAUGAAACGUGAGCAAAAUUAAUCUGUAUGUAAACUACGUGUCUUGCAACAUUCAUGAAUGUUAGUAGCUCCGAUAUUUUCGUAGGUACUACUGAAAUCUACACCUGCUUCUGACUGCUCGUAGUGCGUCUGUAAAUAAGAUAUCAAACAUAAAUUUUGCUGUGCUGUGUUCCGUUCACAAUACACAGAUGACUUUGAAACACACGAGUUAAACAUGACAAAAGAUCAAAAAUAUGACACAUUUAGAUAUAUCAGUUGGCAUUUAGCAGAUUUAAUCUUCAGAUUAAGGUUCGCAAAAAUGUGAAUGAGUUAUUUAAAUAGAUUAAAAAUGUGUUUUCUACUUUUUUGACAUCCUGUUCCCACGUGAUUCACUCAGGAGAGAAGUCCACAAAUGUAUCUUCUGUUAGAGUGGUGAGACUGUGAGAGCCACGUUACUGACCAAACACUGAGCUGUCAGUGAUGGCUGUUAAAAUAUACAGCGAUUUAUCACUUCAUAUAACACGUACAUCACUGUGCCGCCUGAGUUUGAUACUGAGUGCUCCAGUGGAGGCAUGUGACUGUGGCUGAGAAGAGCCUCCUGUAGCUUGUGUUGAGUUUAAGAUAUUACAAUACCAGUACCCUUAAAGUGAUCCUGAUACUAACAGAGUAUCUGAUAUGUUUUCUCUACUUCCAUACACAUCAUGUGAAUGGAGGCAGUCAGUUGUGUAAAAUGCCACCAGGCCCAUGUUUGGUCCCCCCUCUGUUGGGGUACCUAGCACACAGAUCUGGUACUAAAAGGUGGAGCUGUGAACACUGCAGUCUGAUUGGUCAGUAGAGGACGGUCACUCUGCUCAGGGCUGAGCUGUGUCUGGUUUUGAGGCUCAUGUAACCACUGUUCAUACUGUGGAGAGUUUUAUUAGUAAACUGUAACUAUAAAAUGAAAGGAUGUUUUGCUGCCUCUCACAGCAGCUGGAGUCUGAGAAAAAAUAACUUCAUUCACUGGGCCGACUGCCGGCAACUUUUAAGGUGGAACGUUAACUUGUAAUGUUACUCAAUGCAUGAGUUGAUGACGUGAAUCCAUCAGCACACCUUAAAUUUCACUGUGACAACUUUGACCAUCACUUUAGUUUUUAUAUGACACACACUUUUAGUAAUGACUUUAAAAAUAUAGAUUAAUUUGGAGCGGAUUAUGUGAAGGUCAUAUAUUCUAAUCCUCACUUCCUGUGGGCUACAGCAACACUAAACCCCUGAGCUUGCCUGAGAAGGACUAAAUGCACAAAGCUGCUAUUUUUAAAUAUCCCAUGGAGAGAGACUCUCACUGCAGCCUGUUCUAUUUUGUUCUGAAAAUGUGGGCGUGCAGCCUCGUUCUGUGGACGAUAAACCAGGUGCAGACUUCCAUCUGUGUCACCGCUGAUGAGGAAAUACAGCGAGUGCUGGACGGAGCAGUGAGUGAAACCCCGCCCACAUUUAAGAGGACUGUCUGAACAGACCGAGGGUCUAGGUACCAUGUCUGAAGGCUUACUGCUGGUACUGAAAGGGUUUGACAGAACCAGGGUUAUACUUUAAGUUACAUUGUGUAAAAACAGGAACAAAUUUUUCACUUUUCCAAGACUUUUAAAGGACCCAAAAAAAUGUAAGCGAGUGGGCGUACAUGAGGAGAGUGACGGAUUGAGGGGGGUGAAAUUGAGGAAAUGUCUGUGAUGGUAAAUUAAAUGUCGCACAUGGAUGCAUAUUAAAGCAA